UGUCCAAGGAAGAGGAGGCACAGACGGAGGGUGAUUUUUCCGUACAGAAGUCCGCGAGGUAGGUAGUAUAGAACGAAAGGACAGCUCACCACCGUGACGGACCGCCGCUCCUGACUCUCCAGGCCAUGGGCCCGCGGAGCCGCGAGCGUCGCGCGGGAGCAGUGCAGAGUACCAAUGACAGCAGCGCCCUCAGCAAGAGCUCCCUGGCCGCGCGCGGGUACGUGCACGACACCUUUGCCGCCUUGCUAGUUCCGGCGUCCGUGCGCCGCGCGCCGCUGAUCCACCGCGGCUACUACGUCCGCGCACGCGCCAUGCGGCACUGCGUAUGCGCAUUCCUGGAGGGGACGCGCGCGGCUCUCGGCGCGCCCCACAUCCAGAUCCUGUCUCUGGGCGCCGGCUCGGACUCGCUGUAUUUUCGCCUUAAAGCUGCGGGCCGCCUCCCCGGGGCUGCAGUCUGGGAGGUGGAUUUUCCGGACGUGGCGCGGCGCAAAGCGGACAGGAUUCGAGAUACGCCGGAACUGUGCGCGUUAACCGGGCCUUUCCGGCGCGGGGACGCCGGGUCAACGCUAUGCUUCGAGAGCUCGGACUACCGCAUCCUGGGGCUGGACCUGCGGCAGGUGCAGCGGUUGGACCAGGCACUGGCCGCCGCGGGCCUAGACGCGGCCGCACCGACUCUGCUCCUGGCUGAGGCCGUGCUGACCUACCUCGAGCCGAAUAAUGCCGCGGCCCUCAUCGCCUGGGCCGCCCAGUGUUUUUCUGAUGCGCUUUUUGUCGUUUACGAGCAGAUGAGGCCGCAUGACGCCUUCGGCCAGUUCAUGCAGCAACAUUUUCGGCAGCUGAAUUCACCCCUGCAUGGCCUGGACCGCUUUCCUGACGCGGAGGCCCAGCAGCAGCGCUUUCUCCAGGCCGGCUGGACUGCCUGCCGUGCCUUGGACAUGAAUGAGUUUUAUCGCCAUUUUCUCCCCGCAGAAGAACGCCGGCGCGUAGAAAAUCUUGAACCUUUUGACGAGUUUGAGGAGUGGCAUCUGAAGUGCUCCCACUAUUUCAUUCUGGCCGCUUCUCGGGGAGACAUUGUCUCCCAAACUGUAGUGUUCCCAGCAUCAGAGACGUUUCCUCGGAUAGAUCCUGCCUCCCCUUCCGGAGUCAUCCCUGCUCGUGUAGUCACUAGUGAUAGCCAGGGUCCAGACCUUAAGAGAUAUGGCCAUGCCUCUGUCCUUUUGAGCCCAGACGUUAUUCUUAGUGCAGGAGGGUUUGGAGAAGAGGAGGGGCGGCACUGCCGAGUGAGCAAGUUUCACUUGCUCUCAAGAUACUGUGACUUUGAAUGGAAAGGCAAUCAAGUAUGUAGUUGGGGAACUGGAGCUCAGUGGGAUAGACGCCUUUAUCACACCAUGACAAGACUUUCAGAUACUCAGGUUCUGGUUCUGGGAGGGAGAUUGUCCCCUGUAACUCCCGCCUUGGGGAUUCUCCAGCUACAUUUUGGGAAACAUGUGGGUGGUAAAACUGAGGGCCUAAAUAUCACAGUCACAAAGGUGGGCCCAGAAGAUUCCACAGUGUCAUGCUGGCGCCAUUCAACAACAGAAGUGUCCUAUAAGAAUCAGAAAUAUUUGUUUGUGUUUGGGGGCCGUGGUGUGGCAGACCCUGUACUAAGUGACUGGCAUUUCCUACAUGUGGGGACAAUGGCUUGGGUCAGGAUCCCAGUGGAGGGAGAAGCCCCUGAAGGUCGGCAUUCCCACAGUGCCUGCAGCUGGCAAGGGGGAGCUCUCAUUGCUGGAGGUCUGGGUGCUUCUGAGGAACCGCUGAGCUCUAUACUUUUUCUGAAACCAAUCUCUUCUGGAUUCCUCUGGGAACCAAUAGCCAUUCAGCCUCCUGUUACCCCAAGGUACUCCCACACAGCUCAUGUGGUAAAUGGAAAGCUUCUGUUGGUUGGAGGGGUCUGGAUUCAUUCCUCCUCAGUUCCUGGAGUGACUGUUAUUGAUUUGUCUACCGGAUUGAGCUCUGAGUAUCAGAUUGACACAAUAGAUGUGCCAUGGCCAUUAAUGUUACACAACCAUACCAGCAUCCUCCUUCCUGAAGAACAACAGCUCCUGAUCAUUGGAGGUGGUGGAAACUGCUUUUCCUUUGGCACCUACUUCAACCCCCAUGCAGUGACAUUAGACCUUUCUUCCUUAAGUGCUAGACAAUGAAGACUGGACUUUUGAUAUAUUCAGGACCCACCAAAGUAGAUAAUAAAGGUUUCCAAAGCAAAAUUUGACUCUGGGUAUAGAUAUGACCACUUCCUUUUUUUUUUUUUUUUGGUCUAUUUGUUUUCUUGUUAGCACUGUUAUCCAGUGCAGAAAGUGAAAAAGGUUGUUAAAACACAUAUCAACAUUCAAAGAGAUGGUACAGAAAACAUAAGUAGACCUAUCUGAAGAGAGUAGUUUUUUUUUAAUUAAUUUUUUUCCACUGUACAGCAUGGGGACCAAGUUACACAUACAUGUAUACAUAAUUUUUCCUCCCAUUGUUGUGUAGUGAUGUGAGUAUCUAGACAUAGUCCUCGAUGCUACACAGCAGGAUCUCAUUGUAAAUCCAUUCCAAGAGCAAUAGUUUGCAUCUGUUAACCCCAGGCUCCCGAUCCCUCCCACUCCCUGCCUCUCCUCCCCCCGUCCCACCCCGGGCAGCCACAAGUCUAUUCUCCAAGUCUAUGAUUUUCUUUUCUGCGGAAAGGUUCAUUUGUGCUGUAUAUUAGAUUCCAGUUAUAAGUGAUAUCUUAUGGUAUUUGUCUUUCUCUUUCUUACUUACUUCACUCAGUAUGAGAGUCUUUAGAUCCAUCCAUGCUUGCUGCAAAUGGCAUUAUGUCAUUUUUUUAAUGGCUGAGUAGUAUUCCACUGUGUAUAUAUCUUCCUAAUCCAGUCAUCUGUUGAUGGACAUUUGUGUUGUUUCCAUGUCUUGCCUAUUGUGAAUAGUGCUGCAAUGAACAUGGGGGUGCAUGUAUGUUUUUUAAGGAGAGUUUUGUCCAGAUAAAUGCCCAAGAGUGAGACUGCUGGGUCAUAUGGUAGUUCUAUGUAUAGAUAUCUAAGGUACCUCCAUGCUGUUCUCCAUAAUGGCUGCACCAGCUUACAUUCCCACCAACAGUGCAGGAGGGUUCCCUUUUCUCCACACCCCCUCCAGCACUUGUUAUUUGUGGACUUAUUAAUGACAGCCAUUCUUACUACUGUGAGGUGGUAUCUCAUAGUAGUUUUGAUUUGCAUUUCUCUAAUAAUCAGGGAUGUUGAGCAUUUUUUCAUGUGCUUGUUGGCCAUCUGUAUAUCUUCCUUGGAGAACGGUCUAUUCAGGUCUUUUGCCCAUUUUUCCAUUGGGUGGUUGGCUUUUUUUCUGUUGCGUUGUAUAAGUUGCUUGUAUAUUCUAGAGAUUAAGCCCUUGUCAGUUGCAUCAUUUGAAACUAUUUUCUCCCAUUCUGUAAGUUGUCUUUUUGUUUUCUUUUUGGUUUCGUUUGCUGUGCAAAGCUUGUCAGUUUGAUUAGGUCCCAUUGGCUUAUUUUUGCUCUUGUAUCUGUUGCCUUGGGAGAAUGACCUGAGAAAAUAUUCAUGAGGUUGAUGUCAGAGAAUGUUUUGCUUAUGUUCUCUUCCAGAAGUUUGAUGGUGUCUUGUCUUAUAUUUAAGUCUUUAAGCCAUUUUGAGUUUAUUUUUGUGCAUAGGUGUGAGUGUGUUCUAGUUUCAUUGAUUUGCAUGCAGCUGUCCAGGUUUCCUAGCAAUUCUUGCUGAACAGACUGUCUUUUUCCCAUUUUAUGUUCUUGCCUCCUUUGUCAAAGAUUAACUGACCGUAGGUGUCAGGGUUUAUUUCUGGGUUAUCUAUUCUGUUCCAUUGGUGAGAGUAGUUUGUUAUACAGUCCUAGAGUAGGGGUUGGGGAGUCUUUGGAUCCUUGGGUCUAGUUUACUGGUCUUCUUCCCAUUUUGUAAUUGAGUUGAUCCAUUUAUUGAGGUAUAAUGACCUUUAGCUUAAGUGAAAAUUUUCCCACUCCCAGGAUUUGUGAUUUGAGAUGGCACCUUAGAAAGAAUACAAGGCUGGGUAUAGUUGAGGGGAUGUGGUAUUGACUUCAUCCUUCAUGUAUGAAAUCUGAGAUGAACACUGUUGCAGUUUGAUCACAGCAUUGUGCCACUUAGUGACAGAGCACUCUGGGAUACCUUUAAUAAGACAUAUUUGUAUGACUUGAUUGAGAAACAUUCUUUUGUUCCAUUUUUUGCCACUAGUUCAAUAUUUACUUAGAUUUAUAAAUGCUAAUAAGCCAAGUGUUUAAUGCCCUAGCCCAGUUUGUACAUGCUGUAGUAAUGUUUUGCUCCAGAUCUGCUCAACACUUCAUUAUGUUCUGUGCCCCUGGAGGCCAACCUGAACUGCAUCAAUGAGUUUUCUUGUUCUCUUGUUUCUGGUGAGUUCCAUCAGAGGUACCAAAAGGGGGGUGAUUGGAUAAGAGUGAGUCAGGGUAUUCCCAGCAUUUCCCCUGCCAGGCAGCAAGUUGACAGUAACCUCAUUCUAACAAAAGCUACAACUCCUGUCAUGUAAUCUUGUGUAAGGUAGAGCUUUAACUCUGCAUCACUCCAGGUUCCAGUAAUUGUUCCUUCUUACUCUUCAGGCCUAUGAGCUGUAAUGGCUCUCUGCUGGACCUGAGCUGCACUAUCCAAUAUAGCCAUUAGCUUCACAUGACUAUUUGAACUUAAAUUUAGAUUAAGUUAGGAAUUCAGUGUCUUAGUUGCAUCAACCACAUUUUAAGUGCUCAAUAGCUUCAUGUAACUAAUGGCUACAGUAUUAAACGCUAUAGAUGUAGAAUAUUUCCAUCAUUGCAGAAAGAGCUGGACUCCACUGAGGCAUUUCACCAUCUCAAUUUGGUUUCCUUUAACCCUGCUCACCCCCUUUUAUCUUCAUUCAGUUAUCUCCUUUAAAUGGACCAUCUUUCCUGGUGAGCCUUGUGAGAUCCAUGAAACCUCUAGGUAGCCAUCCUUAAAACCUGAGCCUUAACUUGUAUACUUUGUGCCUAAAUCUUGUAUACUUUGUGCCUAAAUCUUGUAUACUUUGUGAAAUUCAUGUCUCAAAAGGUAGCGGCUUUGGUGAUACUUAAGUGUACCACUUCAGUAUUUCUUAUUAGUCUGUAAUCCUUGAAACCUCAAUAACUUGAGAUUCUACAUGUACCUCAAUUCUGUAAGUACUAUCAAUGUUAACAUCUUGAUGGACUUACUAUGGCUCAGAAUCCCUUUUCCCUAAAUAUUUUUAUUAACAACUUUGCAUAUAAAUGAAUGUAAAAAGAUCAAUAUGAAAACAGAGUAGCAAACACAAGCCUAGUGUAUGGAGAGGGCAAUGUCGGCUCUGUUCAAUGAAGGCUUCCAGGAGAAGAUGAACUGAAUAAAAUGUUGUCUAACUUCA